AGUCGCCUCUCGUCCGGUCCUCCCGGUUGGACUGCGCCGUCUAAUUCCCGUCUAUUUUUGCGAAGAGACGGAGAAAGAGAGGGAGAAAGCGAAAGAAGGGAAAGAGGGAAAGCUAAACGAAAAAAAAAAAACCCUAACCCUAACCCUAACACUAAUCCUUCUCUCCUCUCUCUCUCCCUCUCUCUCAGUCUCAGGUUAGGUAUUGAAAUCUCUGGAUGGGUACUUCGUCCGGUGCGAAUUUCCACCAGCAACAACCACCUCAAUCUAUGCUACCUCCUCUGCAGCAUCCCACGAGGCCUUCGGGGAUCCAAACCUCCUUGUCCUUGGCUUCUUCCGAUGCCGGCGGGUCCCCGGACAUCCAAGAACGCAUGUCGAACUCCGACCCGGGCCACGAUUCCGCCACCGAGAGCGCCAGCUCCCGCGAGACCUGGCCGAUCGAAACGAGCAACCGCGCGGACCCUAUUUUGAAGAAUGCCGAGAAGGACAAGGAGGUUGAGAACGGCGGCCCCGACCCGCAGGUCAUCCGCCGGGUUUCCGCUGCCGAGAAGUUGUCCCUCCGAGAGGUCGUCAGGGAAAGGGUCGAGGUGAUCGCCGACCGAAUAAAGGUUAUGCCCGACGAGCUUCUUGAAGAGCUGAAGGCCGAGCUCAGGCUGAUUCUCGAGGGCACGGGCGGGUCCCACAACAUUGAGGAGUACUUGUACCUCCAGAAGCUUGUGCAGGGGAGGGGCGAUUUGACCGCCAAUACCCUUGUGAUGGCUCACAGAGUUCAGCUGGAGAUUCUUGUUGCUAUUAAAACAGGAAUUCAAGCUUUCUUGCAUCCCAGCGUUAGCAUUCCUCAGAGCCGCCUUAUCGAGGUCUUCUUGUAUAAGCGGUGUAGGAACAUUGCUUGUCAAAGUGCUCUACCGGCGGAUGAGUGUAGGUGCGAUAUAUGCUCUAGUAGAAGCGGGUUCUGCAACCUCUGCAUGUGUGUUAUUUGCAGCAAAUUCGAUUUCGAGGUGAACACAUGCCGUUGGAUUGGGUGCGACCAGUGCUCCCAUUGGACCCACACCGACUGCGCGAUCCGUGUGGGCCAGAUCGGGACUGGGCUGUCGGUCAAGAACGGCGUGAGCCAUCCGGAGAUGUUGUUCAGGUGCCAGGCGUGCCAGAGGACGUCGGAGCUGCUGGGGUGGGUUAAGGAUGUGUUCCAGCAAUGCGCUCCUGGUUGGGAUAGGGAGGCUCUAGUGCGAGAGCUCGACUUUGUUAGUAAGAUCUUCCGUCUGAGUGAGGAUCCUAAAGGAAGGAAAUUAUAUUUGAAAUGCGGCGAUCUGGUUGAGAAGAUGAAGAGUGGUAUUGCCGAGUCCAUGGCCUGCAGAAUGCUCCUGCUGUUUCUGCAAGAGCUGGAAAUAGAUUCGCCAAAAAACACUGAAACGGAAGAUUCUGGUCGUCUAAUUGCUCCUCAAGAAGCCUGCAACCGGAUUGCUGAGGUGGUACAGGAAGCUGUCCGGAAAAUGGAGAUGGUAGCUGAGGAAAAAAUGCGAAUGCUAAAACGUGCCCGCCUUGCUUUCGAGGCCUGUGAACGCGAGCUUGAUGAAAAGGCCCGGGAAGUAGCAGAACUCAAGAUGGAGAGACAAAGAAAGAAGCAGCAGGUGGAAGAGCUUGAGAGCAUCGUACGGCUUAAACAAGCAGAAGCCGAAAUGUUCCAGCUGAAAGCCAACGAGGCUCGUCAAGAAGCCGAGAGGCUUCAGAGUAUAGCGCUCGCCAAGUCUGAGAAGGCGGAGCAGGAUUAUGCAAGCAUGUAUCUCAAGCGGCGGUUGGAGGAAGCAGAAGCAGAGAAGCAGGUGCUGUUUGAGAAAAUCAAGCUUCAGGAGAGCCAUAGGGCUUCUGCGGGGAGCAGCAGUGGAGGAGGAAGCGACCCUUCGCAGAUCCUGAUGCUGUCUAAGAUCCAGGACUUGCUGAAGAAUGUUCGUGCGGGGUCUGAGAAGUCUGAUGGGCAGCGAUCGAAGUAAAUAUAUCAUGUUAGUUAUUAAGCUAUAAAUCAUUAGUAGAGCUAUUCCGAGACCGCUCGAUGUUGUAUUUAUCCUCCUUCGAAUGAUUGUUGUGCUGACCAUAAUAACUUUGCAUGUAGUAUCGUUUGUCUUUAUGUGAGAUAUGGUAUGUGAUACUAGGUCUGUUGUGAACUUGUGAUUGAUAUUUGAUGUUAUUUUCAUAUUCAUUUUUCCCCUGUCA